UUUCCUCAUAGCCUUGGGAGGCUAUAGGUAACAGAAAGGCUUCUUCCUUUUUCCUUUGGUCAACAGUGUCAAAGAAAGAAAUAUAGCUGAGAUGAACACAUACCAACAUUGUUAACUGAAGAGAAUGAAAACUCCCUCUGCAGCAGACCUUACAGUCUGGUUAUGUUAUAGGAGAGCACAAGAGGCAUCAGCUGUUCUCAGCAAGUCAAGGUCUCCGGGGCAAAAACUGCUUUUACAGCAGAAUUUCAGAAGGAAAUCACAUCACACCGUUCCCAUGCAUCUCUUUGAGGGUGGACUCACAGGGGACAGACCUGGGAAAUGCUGCAGCACUUUGCUUCAGAGAAACACAGUUCUUCUGCAAAACUCUCCAGAAAUGGCCAUCGCAAGGUUUCUAGUGAAAAAUGCAUAAACUUGCAGUGACAAGAGGGUGACAGCCUUGUCACGAUGGGAGUGCUGUGAUCUCUCACAAUCACUAUAUAGCUGGGUCAUAACAAAGACAGCAGCUCCAUUCAUAAGAUACCACUAGAGGAAAUUGUAAGUUGCUAUCAGAGCCACCAAAAGGACAGGGUGACUGGCACAUUUUGCUGCAGACUCCCUCCUCCACUGUUUUUGGAGGCAGUAGAGAAGAUUCAGUUCCUGGCGUCGCAGUACCUGCUAAUAUGAGGGGCCAUCUUUCUGUCUAGGACACUGGCACCUUUGUGGGUCCCCCAGCAGUGACAAUGACUGCAGUGCUGGUGGGCACAGUUACCUUCACAUCAGGCCAGGCCACUAGUGGCUAUUUAGAGGAUUGAUCUGGAGAACUCACCUCUGGGCCCACCUCUGGGCAAGAGAGGUUCAAUGAUGGGAUUUAUCUGCUGCACGUGUUGCUUGGAAGACGGUGCCAGAGCAGUGCCUCUAUGGAUUGGAGAUGGUUCAGUGCUAACAGAGAAUGGCUACCCUAACACCACUGAUCCUACAUCUAGUGUCUUCAUGACAGCAACGCCCAUGUUCAUCCCGUGUCUGUUGCCUUUCAGAAUUAUCAGGUUCCCAUGGCAACUUGUGAAAGCUAAAGUGAGACGGACCAUUGAGGAAGCUUUGAAAGUGUGGAGCGAUGUGACCCCGCUGACCUUCACAGAGGUGCAGGAGGGCCGAGCUGACAUUGUCAUCGAUUUCACAAGGUACUGGCAUGGGGAUAACCUGCCUUUUGAUGGGCCCGGAGGGAUCCUGGCACAUGCGUUCUUCCCCAAGACCCAUCGGGAGGGAGACGUCCAUUUUGACUAUGAUGAGACCUGGACUAUUGGGAACAACCUGGGCACUGACCUCCUCCAAGUGGCUGCUCAUGAGUUUGGCCACGUCCUGGGUCUUCAGCACACAGCUGCCUCCAAGUCACUGAUGUCUCCUUUCUACAUUUUCCGCUACCCACUCAGUCUGAGUGAGGAUGAUAAACAAGGUAUCCAGUACCUCUAUGGAAAACCCAAACUUGAUCCCAGCCCAACCCCAACCCAUCCAGCAGAGCCACCCCAGCCAGACCUUGAAACAAAUGAGAUCAUCAACAUGGAGUCUGUGCAGCCCGACGCCUGCAACACAGAUUUCGAUGCCGCGUCUACCAUCCGGGGGGAGCUGUUCUUCUUCAAGUCCCGCUUUGUGUGGCGGUUGCGAGCUGGGAAACUGCAGGCCGGCUACCCAGCUCUAGCCUCCCGUCACUGGCAGGGGAUCCCAAGCUCUGUUGAUGCCGCCUUCGAGGACCCUCUGGGCAACAUCUGGUUUUUCCGAGACUCUCGGUACUGGAUUUAUGAAGGUGAAAGACGGGUUUCUGGCCCUACCCCUAUUGCGGAGCUGGGCCUCCCUGCUUCCCCUGUCCAGGCAGCUUUGGUGUGGGGGGCUGAGAAGAACAAGAUCUACAUCUUCAGCGGAGGCAACUACUGGCGCUUCAACCCUCAUACCCGUCAAGUGGACAACAUCUACCCUCGGACCAUGGCUGACUGGCGUGGCGUCCCUCAGGAGACUGAUGCUGCUUUCCAAGAUGAGUUUGGUUUUGCCUAUUUCCUGAGAGGCCAAGAUUACUGGAAAUUUGACCCAGUCCAGGUGAAAGUGCUGGAGGGUUACCCACGCCAGAUCAGCCAGGACUUCUUCAGCUGCACACCUUCCUCCAACUCCUUCCGAUGAAGAGGGGGAUGCUCACGUCCUCCACAUUUCCCUCUCAUCUCCUUUAUCUCCAGCAGCCACACAGACACAGGGUUCUCGCUGCCACUCCUGGCUUCCUUUAAGGCUCAGCAUCUGAUACAACUGAUGCCUGUCACAAGUGACAAAGGUUGCUCCUCUCCAGUUCCAGCAGCCUCCAAAAUAAAGUGUCUGGCACAUUCUCUACAAACAGAGCAGCCACUAAACUGCUAAAGUGGCCAAGCUCUUCCAACAAUGGCAUCCCAAAAGCCUUUGAGCAAGCCUGAAAUGGGAUCAGGCUUUCCUAAUUAACCUGGACCCUAUCAUGUUAAACUGAUCUGGUGGUAUUUCCUAUGUUUACAUUGCUCACAGUAGCAUCCCAUUUGCUGUUCCAGACAUUGGCCUCAGAGGAAGGAUUCCACUGAGAUGCCUUCCUCACCCUUAGCCAGGGAGUUUUACGGACACUGACUGCCUAUGGAGAAAUUCAGACGUGUAGCCAUGUUGCCAGGGUCACUUCACCACAGCUGCAAUGGUGAAUACCAAUACCCUGUCACAGCUCUACUCUUGGUUUUAUGUUGUAUCACUAGUAUGCGUUAGAAUUUUAUACUGUUUUGUAAAUAGACAAUGUGCCUCCUUCCUUCCAAGACGCUAGGUUUCAGUGCUGGUCACUGCCCUAUUGCUCCGUAUGUUCUUUUUAAGUUAGGUUCCUGGUAUUAGGUUGCUCAUUACCGCACUGAUGGGUCUCGUCCCACUCACUAUUUCCAGCAGACGGGUCCAUCCGGACACCAUUCCGACAAUGCACAAGCCUCAGUUCAGCUCUUUGCACAUGCUACACAGCAGUAUGGGGAGGAAUUAAAAAAAAAAAAAAAAAAGGGAAAGGGCCUCU